UCUGUAGUCCCACUUAGAGCUGCUCCAUGCUGUCCUUCUGAGUCCUCUCUAACCAGCUUUGUUACUGAUUUUUUUAAAGGUUUUAUUCCUCUAAAUAAUAAUAUUCCUCCGAGUUUUCCUGUGAUUUUCACCCAUCCCCCAAUGGGUUCAUUAGUUGCCAAGCUUCUUCUCCCAACAAUCAGCAGCCUGGUCUUCCUCCCGACCAUCAGCAUUGCAGCCAAGCGAAGAUUCCACAUGGAAGCUAUGGUUUAUUUCUUCACUAUGUUCUUUGUUGCGAUUUACCAUGCAUGUGAUGGACCUGGUUUGUCAGUGCUGUGUUUCAUGCGAUAUGAUAUCCUGGAGUAUUUCAGCAUCUACGGGACGGCUUUGUCCAUUUGGGUAUCACUGAUGGCUCUGGCAGAGUUCGAUGAGCCUAAAAGAUCGACUUUUGUGAUGUUCGGCGUGCUCACUAUAGCCGUGAGGAUUUACCAUGACCGAUGGGGAUAUGGCGUCUACUCGGGACCAAUCGGGACGGCCGUCCUUGUGAUAACCGUGAAAUGGCUGCAGAAGAUGAAAGAGAAGAGAGGCCUCUACCCAGACAAGAGCGUCUACACGCAACAGAUAGGCCCAGGCUUCUGCUUUGGGGCGUUAGCACUCAUGCUGAGAUUCUUUUUUGAGGAGUGGGAUUACACCUAUGUGCAUAGCUUCUACCAUUGUGCCUUGGCCAUGUCCUUUGUCCUGUUGCUGCCCAAGGUGAACAAGAAGGCAGGGAAUGCAGGAAACCCCGCCAAACUGGACUGCUCCACUCUCUGCUGCUGCGUGUGAUAAGAUUCUCCCCCUGCCUGGAGACUGGGGCGUCUGUAUCUCAACAUGCACCUGUUCACCACCUUGAAGGACCGUAUGAAAGUUAUGCAGCACUCGCUCUUUAUUCCAGUCGGGAUCGUGACCAGAAACAAGCUGCCAGCUGUGAAACUUUUUUUCCUACGGUGGAAAAGAAUUCCACUGCCACCCCCCCCACACCAAAAUGCAGGUUGUUAUAAAUUUUUAAUUUGCUGAUGAACAAAACUGGUCCUAUUCAACCUGAAAGGCCUUGUCUCUUGGCCAUCAUUCAUACCAGAGGCUUCCAUGUGCCCAUGUAGCCAGCUGAUAACUUUCUCCGUAACUGUGUGUAUAUUCCCCAAAGAGAAACUUUUGUCUACCUUAGAGAAGUCCUGGCUGGCAAGUGAUCCUGUCCAUUGGCUACUGAGUAAAUCCAGCAGGUCUUUGCCUCCCCCAGAGAGUUCGGUGGGCCACAUCUCCCUAUGGGGCAUCACAUUUCGUUUGCCUUUGGAAAUGAGCGUUAAUGUUGCACUUUGCACACUUGCAAGUGUGAGUUUGCUAAGCCUGAGUGGGUUUUUGCUUUUUGUAACACUGAAAUAACAGAGCCUGUAUUUUUGCUAGAAAUUUACUAUUUUAUUUACAGCUUGUCUUAACAUUAUAUGUUUAACAUGUUGAUUUUGUAA